AGCAGGCAUGGCUCAUCCACGAACGCACAGCACUCUGAGUGAGACACGCUCAAGGACUGCAAGCCGACUGGACCAAAACUUAGAGAAUGCAGGAUCUCCGUUAACGUAUGGCACAGAACUUUACGAUCCAAGAACAGCUCAUGGCUCGGUGCUCCAUGAUAAGGAUGACGACUUUACAGGUCUAUCGAAAAGUGAAAUAAAGGAGAAAAGAAAGGCUAUGACGAUGGCGGAAACUGGAGAGACACCUGAUGAAUACGACUUACGUUGGCGGUCUAUCUACAUCACUUAUCUUACUGUGUUCCUUUCAAGUACUGGCUUUUCCUUGGUCUUGCCGUCUAUAUGGCCUUAUAUACAAAGUAUCGACUCGUCGUCAGGAACGCAAUUCCUCGGCUGGACGAUCGCGGUGUUUGGGCUGGCACAGUGUAUCGGUGCUCUUUUCUUCGGCUGGUGGGCAGAUCGUUUUAAAGUCAUCAAAAUUGCAAUGAUAAUAUCAGUAGUUUUGACCAUCAUAGGGAAUAUAAUUUACGCAUACGCUGCUGUGCCGAGUAAUGUUAAUGGCGGUAAGGCGAUGGUAGUUAUUGGUCGAUUUUUCGUUGGUCUUGGCGCAGGUGAUGUUGCUUUAGGUAGAACCUACGUGUCGGCUGCGACGACGAUGACUGAACGCACUAAGGCAGUAGCCACGCUAAGUGCUGCCAUCGCAGUGGGUUACAUCGCAGGGCCGUUGUUACAGACUGCAUUCACCAAGAUUGGCGAGGAAGGGGUCACGUGGGAGGCCAUUCAAUUUACCCUCAACAUGUAUACGACACCAGUUUACUCGAGUGCCUUCCUUGGCAUUCUCAAUGUUAUUCUCCUAGCCUUACGAUUCGUAGACUGUCCUCUGAAUCAAAAUGCAGAAGAAGCCGAAGAAAGUAGAGAAACAAAGAAAGAGGAAGAAUUAAAUCAAUCUGACUUAACACCAUCUAUAGAUUCUGAAGAGAACUUAAUAGAUUGGGUUGCCGUACUGGUAACCUGUUUGCUUUUCUGCAUUACAACGUUUAUAUUUGCUGCUUAUGAUACGUAAGUACCUGCUUACAAAUCUAAGAU